CGUGGUGCGUGGAUAGGUGGGUGGAUUGGGACUUGCAAUAAUGGUUGGGGAGGGUAUGUUGUACGUAUCAUCCUCAAGGGAAGUGGUUUGGGGUUGGACGGGGCACUCUGGAGCCCACCAAAAAAAGCAGGUGGAACAGUUUGGUGAGAGUUUGGUCGUAAAUAGGUAUAGCGGGGUAGAAUAUUGUGAGAAAAGUCACAGAACGAGCCUUUUUUACACCUUCCUUUCUUUUGUAAGAAGGGGCACGGUACCAGGUGUUUUGGUGGUAGGGGAUUAUUAUAAAAAGGUUUUCCGUUGUGGAAAAAAUCACAAAAAUUGCCUUUGGCGCACCAGCCGCGUUUACGAAGAAACGGGCACGGGAUGGUAUGCUUUGGAGGUUGUUGUAUAGAACUUAAGUCAGGGUGAAUUGUGUUUUUAUGGUGUUUAAUCUGUGGAUUGACGGCUGUGAUAUCGUCUUGUUUAUUGCAUGUAGCAUUGUUCUCUUUAUGUGUUGGUAAACUUUGUUGAUGAAUCUGAGGGGUUUGGGGGUUAAUUGGACUUGCAUUGUUUAUAGUUGUAUUUUUGGAAUAAUUAUUAGGAACGCUAAUGAUGUUAGUAAGGCCAUUAAUGUUAUUGGUUGCAGCAGUUCUGAUGAUGGUCUUGCACAAUCUCGUUCCCCGAGCCUGCGAUCCUCGGGAAGGAAUCGAAGGCUCUGGGAUAAUCCGUUACCGGAAGCCAAGAAUCAUGGCUAAGAUUGAACUACGCAUUCCAUAUCAAUGGCCAAUCAGAUUCCUCCCUGAAACGGAUUAUCCCAGAGCCUUCGGUUCCUUCCCGAGGAUUGCAGGCUCGGGGAACGAGAUUGGGUCUUGCCGGUCGAAUUAUUUGAAUAUUGAUCUUUAGCAUUAUCGCUAAUAGAUUCGCAAACUGAGUUUACUUCGUUAGUUGAGCUACAGGCAUUGUUCUUCAAAUCAUUAAUAGAUGCACUGAGAUUUGUCAUUUCAAGCGAUAACAAUUUUGACUUAAUAAGUGUAUUGUCUUCGUACAGUUUAUUUAUUACUUCGUCCUGUUUACGAAUUAUAGCCUCUAAAUCUUUUUGUUUACAGCGGAGGGAAUUUAUUUCUAUGGUCAUUUCAUCGGGAGAGAUUAUAGAACCCAAAUGCGUCUCGAGAAUUACCAUGUCUAACUUUAGACCCUCCAAAUCUGUUACAACAGAUUUACAAGAGCGGUUACAAGCGCUUGAACGUACCUCAGGCGUCAUGGCGUCUUUAGUUGUUUCUUUACUUCCUAAACCCAAUGUUGACUCUUUAAUUCCCAAACCCAGCGUUGCCCGACAUUCCAACUUCAAUUUUAAAGGGUGAUCGCAGUUGUCUGUAAGGGUUAUAAGUUUCUUGGAGCGAGGACCAUACCAUUUAAUGAUUAGAUCAGAAUCAUCAUCCUUAAAAAGUUUGACGUCGCCGCCUGGUGAAGUCCAUGUCCCUUUAGCGUUUAGCGUUUUCACGACAAAGGUCUUUAACUUGCUCAAAGAGCCAGUCCAUCGGUAAAUUUCGCCAUCGUACUUUAAUUCGUUCACUAUAUUCAUGUUUGUCUUUGUAGUAAUAAAGGAUAUAUCUCGCCAAGUUUACACACUUUAAAAUAUUUAUAGCGAUAGUCAGAGCUUUCUGUGGCGCGAUAGUCAGAGCUUUCUGUGGCGUGAUAGUCAGAGCUUUCUGUGGCGCGAUAGUCAGAGCUUUCUGUGGCGCGAUAGUCAGAGCUUUCUGUGGCGCGAUAGUCAGAGCUUUCUGUGGCGUGAUAGUCAGAGCGUUCUGUGGCGUGAUAGUCCGAUACACCAACCAAGAAAAUAAAAUCACUGUAUGAACUACAGGGUGUCCCAAAUAAAACGAAAACUAUUGAAAUCACCAAUAACAAUUUAAUUGUUAGAAUUUGAAUGCCUUAGCGCUCUGUUGGUUCCCACGAGUGCAUAAAUGAUUGACAUAAGUAAAUUUUAUGGAUAAAGAAACUGUUUAAGAAGUUGUUUUUAAUUCCCAGGAGCAGAAAAUCGCGCACUUUAUCAGGAGAUAUUCCUAACUAAAUUCUAAUACAUGCACCUUGUCAAUAUUUUACGCAUCAUUACGUCCAGCUGUUUGGUAGGGCAUUCAAAUUUAACAAUAAGUGAUUUCAAUAGUUUUCGUUUUUUUUGGGAUACCCUGUAUAUCAAUUGUCACAAUUCAUUAAGGAAGCUACUCGGGUAACCAUGACAACCUCCAACCUCAUUGAUCAUAUAGUUACUAAUACACCAAAGAAAAUCUCAGAUUCUGGUGUCAUUCAUACAGGAAUCAGUGAUCAUAGUUUGGUAUUUACCAUCAGAAAAAUCCAUAUUUCUGAGAAACAAGAUGAAAACAUAGUGGAAAUUAGAAAUAUGAAAAACUUUGAUGACAAAAAAUUUGUUGAAGAUUUACUUAAUCAGCAUUGGGAAUAUGUAUACUUCUUCGCUGAUAAUCCAAACACUAUGUGGGAGAUUUGGAAGAAAUUGUUCGAGGAAGUACUAAAUAAGCAUGCACCCAUUCAACAAAAAAAGAUCAGAUAAAAAAAAGUGCCUUGGAUUACUAGUGAAAUCAAAAAGCUUAUAAAUACGAGGGAUAGAUCUAAGAGAAAAGCCAUUAUUAAAAACCUUGAAGCAGAUUGGUUGGUGUAUAAACAAACCAGAAAUAAAGUAAAUAUAGAAAUGAAAAAAGCCAAAAAGGAUUAUUACUCCAAGAGAAUUGCUGGUCAAAAACAAAAUCCAAAGGAGGCUUGGAAAACAAUGAACAACUUACUAGGCAGACAAAACAAACCAACAAAAGUAAAUGAGUUGAGUAUAAGUGGAAAUAAUUUAACAAAUUCAGAAGACAUUGCAGAGGGCUUUAACGAAUUCUUUUCAAAUAUUGGGCCUGACUUAGCUAGCAAAAUUGAUACUUCGAAUCACAAUUUUCAAGAGUAUAUUAAGAAACCUAAAUCAGAAUUCACUGUAUUUGAGUCAAUUACCACCAACAAAGUUUAUUAUCUGCUACGUGGCCUCUCUAGUGCAAAAGCCACUGGCAUUGACAAAAUUUCAAGUAAAAUUUUAAAACUAGCAGCACCUGCUAUCUCCAGUUCAUUAACUUAUAUUUUUAAUCAGGCUAUUACACUAUGCACUUUUCCCGAUGAAUGGAAAAUGGCAAGAGUAUCACCUCUUUAUAAAAAUGGCCAAAAAAAUUUGCCUGGUAACUACCGACCAAUUUCUGUUUUGCCAGCUGUUAGCAAAGUUAUGGAACGAAUUUUAUAUGACCAACUAUAUGAUUAUUUGACGAAAUUUGAGCUACUUAAUGAUUGUCAAUUUGGCUUUCGCAAAUCUCAUUCAACUGCUACAGCGUUACUAGACUGUACUAAUAGUUGGUAUAUGAAUAUUGACAAAAAAUUAUUUAACUUGGUUGUACUAAUUGACUUAAAAAAGGCAUUUGAUACUGGACGUCGACCACCAGAUUUUACUAAAAAAACUCGAAAUUUAUGGCGUAAAAGGAGAUGCUUUGGCUCUAUACUAAAAUCGUACUUGAUAACUCGCACUCAGAAAUGCCAAGUUAAUGGAACUAUUUCAUCGGAGCGGUUGAUUAAGUGUGGCGUGCCACAAGGCUCUAUUCUAGGGCCAUUAUUCUUUUUAUUAUAUAUUAAUGACUUGCCUCAGUGUCUAAGCAAAACAAAACCUCGACUGUUUGCUGAUGAUACAAACCUAACAGCUGCGGGAGAAUCUAUAAAUGAUGUUGAAGCUGCAAUGAAUUCUGAUUUAGAAAACUUUAGGAAAUGGUUAAUUGCCAAUAAAUUAAGUUUAAAUGUGGCCAAAACAGAAUUUAUAUUAAUUGGAUCUAAACCAAUGAUAACAAGUAUUUCAAAUAAACAACCAAACAUUAUCAUAGAAAACAAACCAAUUAAACAAGUAUAUGAUUGCAAAACUCUUGGAGUGACUGUUGACCAGCAUUUGUCUUGCAAGAAUAAUACUGAAACAAUUUGCAAGAAAAUAACAUCCGGGAUAUCAGCUCUUCGUCAAAUAAAAGAAUUUGUUGAGAAAGAUACACUUGUCUCUGUGUAUAAUUCUAUUGUUCGCUUAUACUUUACAUAUUGCUGUGAAGUAUGGGAUGUGUUUGGUGAAACACAAUCAAAUGCCUCGGGCAAAAGCUCCAAAACAGAGCUGCUCGAAUCAUAAUGAAUAUGAGCAAUGAUGUAGAUCAUCUGGUUGCUUUAGAUGGAAAGAAUAAAGGCUAAGUCCAAACUGAUGUUUAAAUUGUUGAAUAAAAUGGGUCCUAAAUCACUUACUGAUUUAUUUACUUUCAAAAGUGAAAUGACAAAUUAUAAACUUCGAGAUGUGGAAAGUACUCUUUGCUUACCACAGCCGCGUACAAAUAGCUUGAAAAAAGUUUCAUGUUUGACGGGGCACACAUUUGGAAUUCUUUACCAACCGAAAUUAGAGAGAGCAACUCCAUCAUGUCCUUUGAAACUAAAAUCGCUACUCACAUUUUUGAAUACUCACAUUUUUGAAUAGCAUUAUUAUUCUUAUACUUAUAUAAUUAUGUAUAUAUAUAUAUAUAUAUUUCUUACUGUAUGUAAUAUCUUACUAUAUACUAUAUCUUUGUAAUUUUAUUAUUGUACACGCCCCUUGUGGAAAUCAGCCUAGGUUGACAAUGGUUAGCGUGUUUAAAUAAAAGUUUCUAUCUAUCUAUCUACUCAUGUGAAAAGAGUGAGUCAACGCUCUGCCGAAAGUCGUGGAUUUUGUCCGGUUUCCUCCCGCAGGGAAAGUUGACAGGGUAGGUUGGGAUUAUCUCCCUAACUGACCUUCCACCGUAGCUGUGCUCCGUGAUCAGACAUGAGUUAUAAGGUGGAUGCAAUAGGCGUCCUUAGAAAACCUUCAACUCGAUCAGGUUGAGCUGCGUCCCUCGUAAUUCAGCUUAGCUCUCAGCUGCAAGUAAGGAUGAUUAGCACUCCCCACUUGCUUACUUUCUUGUUUGCUUGUGUAAUUUUCCCUACCCCUGUUUACUAUCUUCCCUACGAAGGACCUUCUCUCGAAACGUCCAGGUAGUUGCAUCACUAUCAAUCCAAAGCUUUCUUAAGGUAGCUCACAUUGAAGAAUGUGUACUAACUCUCUAUGAGCUCACCAUAUUCAAUUCUAAUUGCUGUGUUCAUUUCUUGACGUCUGAAGAUAUUUUAAAUUUUAUUGUCAACCCACCAAGUGAUACAGUCGAGCUUGUGAUGGAAGUGACAGACAAAACGAGAGCUGAUGUGAAGGUUUGUCAAACAUUCUCUUAUAAACCACUCAUCUCCUGAUGUGAAGGUUUGUCAAACAUUCUCUUGUUAACCACUCAUCUCGUACAGUUGUUGAAACACUUGAUCGACUUUCUUUGCUAGGGUGGAACCUUGAUUGAAUAUGAAAACAAAGUUCGAUUACUGGAAAUUGCUCAAGUUCCAAAACAUCAUGUAUGCUUUUAUUUUCUCACAUUAUGCUUUAAAUCAUGUUUAAUAGUUGCUCUGUAGCUUAGGUUUAGUGCUAAUUUUCAUUAUUUAUGUUUGCUUUAAUUGGCGUUCAAUUUAAUUAGUGUUCGCUGUAAUUAGCGUGUGGUUUAAUUAGAGUUCGAUUUAAUUAGCGUUUGCUUUAAUUAGAGUUCGAUUUAAUUUGUGUUUGCUUUAAUUAGAGUUCGAUUUAAUUAGCGUUUGCUUUAAUUAGCGUUUGAUUUAAUUAGCGUUUGCUUUAAUUAGCGUUUGAUUUAAUUAGCGUUUGCUUUAAUUAGAGUUCGAUUUAGUUAGAGUUCGAUUUAAUUAGCGUUCGCUUUAUUAGCAUUAAUAUUUAUUUUCUAUCCAGGUAGAUGAAUUUAAAUCCGUUUCCAAAUUCAGGUAAGAAACUGCGCUCAGAAAGUUUCGAAAUUCUGGUAAGAAACUGCGCUCAGAAAGUUUAGAAAUUCAGGUAAGAAACUGCGCUCAGAAACUUUAGAAAUUCAGGUAACCACAGAUCAAUCAAGAUCUUGCAAAAACUACAUUGACUUGGUUUGUUUUAGGAUAUUCAACACGAACAACCUGUGGGUAAGGUUGGCUGCAAUCCAACGUUUACUCGAUGCAAAGAAAAUGCACAUGGAAGUGAUUGUCAACAACAAGGUAAAUAUAAUGAUAUUGAAUACAAAGACUGUUACAACCAUGUUCUGCCCCUGAAAAUUUUGAAAAUUGGUGUCGCGGACUGCCAAAAACGCAUCGCCAUACAACAUGUGUUACAUCUUUUUUCUGUGUUGGUGUAAUGCACUCAGGUGAAUAUGAUGCUUGUGAUAUUACUCUGAGUGUACAUGACCGCGUAGCUCAGUUGGCAGAGCAUUGGGCUAGUAUUCCAAAGGUCGUAGGUUCCAUUCCCACCGUGGACAGGCAUAUUUUUCAAGCUUGCCCAGGGUGGAUAUACACUCAUUUUAUACAUUUAUAAACUAUUGCACUAUUAAGAUGGAUGCACUUACAAUUGCAUUACUGAGGUAACAUUCUUUCUAUUGGUUAGAAUUUUUCCUCUGAACUUCUUAUAUCUAAUUCAUUACAAUUAUCUUUUUUUCUUUCUUGGGGAAAUAUUUCCUGGGACCAAUGGACCACCCUGCGCAUGAUGUUGAUUUUCUUGGUGUUUUGCUCAUGUGUUCAUCAUUUUCAAUUCAGAAUCUUGAGAAUGGUUACAAUGUUAUACAGUUGGAGACAGCGGUUGGCGCUGCAAUCAAGAAUUUUGAUGGAGCACUAGGUAGGGUACAAGUGAAGUACACAUCAAUCUUUGGCUUCUUUUUGCAAUUGCCUUCAUCGAAUCUAAAAGAGAAAAGAAAAAUAGUUCUCAAUGUUUCAAGCUAAGGCCAUUUUACUAUUAAAGGCCGAUUUACACUAGACAACUUUUUCCUAAAACUGUCGCAUGCAACCUGCUUACAACUUGAGUUGUACUGUGUAAAUCAAACACACCACUCGUUUACGUUGUCGUAGGUAAGUUGUGUGCUUGCUAAACUUUACAGAAUACAACUCGAGUUGUAAGCAGGUCACAUGCGACAGUUUUAGGCAGAAGUUGUGUACUGUAAAUUGGCCUUAAUGAUAAUUCGUGUUUCUUGCAGGAAUCAAUGUUCCCCGAAGCAGAUUUCUUCCAGUGAAGAAAAUUUCAGAUCUUCUGUUAGUGAAGUCUAACCUGUACAUAACAAAUGAAGCUGGUGCUCUCAUGAUGAGUCCCAAACGACAGUUUGCAACGACACCUUUAAUACAGCUCGUGGCCCCUACUUUCGGAAGGUAAACAGAAAUUAUUUUGUGGAAACACUAUGUUUAUUGAUUUGUGAUCUAACAAGGUAAUGUGACGAAGAUCCUGGCUAAUGGGUCGAAAACUUGGUGAAGUAAACAAAUUAUUCAAACGAAAUCAAAUCAACAAACCUGAAGGUAGUACAAGCGAGGACCUCGUUCGUGCACAUACAUGCCUCUUAUUUAUCAUCAACAUGCACUUCAUUAUACACCAUCCACUUUCACGUCUUGGAAACAUGACACGUACUUACGACCAAAUUAUUUUAUUUAGGUGCACAGUUUCAUCGAGAGAUUUCAAACCAUUCCUGACAUCCUGGAGUUAGAUCAUCUCACAGUGUCUGGUGACGUCACAUUUGGGAAAGGUGUUACAUUAAAGGUCAGUGAAGUGGUAUAAAUGAACAACAUACAAAACUCGAUAACACAACAUUUACAUGCUUGAUGGCAACCGUAAUUUUGACAUUAAUAUAUAGUGACUUUCCAACAAAUUCAGAAAUAUAUUUUGUUCUUCAAGUGUUACAUAUGGCUUGGAAAAAAUUAUUUCGGAUUACCCGCCUUUAGGAAACAUGGCUAGGAAACAAUGUUUCCUGGUUUGCCCGCCUUGAAGAAGCAUAGCUAGGAAGGAAUGUUUCCUGGUUUGCCCGCCUUGAAGAAGCAUAGCUAGGAAGGAAUGUUUCCUAGUUUGCCCCGCCUUGAAGAAGCAUAGCUAGGAAGAAAUAUUUCUUGGUUUGCCCACCUAAAAACAUAGCUAGGAAACAAUGUUCCCCGGUUUUCCCGCCUUCUGAACUUUCUGAAACAUUAAGGAGCUUAAGAUACACCAAAUCUACGACGCGGACGUGACGAAAAACUGCCGCUAUUAUCACAGUUUCACUUCACGGGUAAAACGAUGGAUUGUUGUUGGUAAACAAAGCCAGGGACACGAGAAAAACAAAGUAAAACUAGUCUCCCAUUAGUUAGCGACUGUUUUUAGUUGCAGAUUUGGUGGAUCUUGAGCUUCCUAUUGUCCACGUAGAAAGUUUAUUGUCCACCGGGUUAUAUUUCUAUGAUGAAAAUGUAGAUUCUCUGUAAUAAAUAUUUCGUGCAAAUCACUAAACAUGUGAAUACUCUAGGGUACGGUGAUCAUCAUUGCGAAUCAUGGUGAGAGGAUAGACGGGAUGGCUGGAGCACUUCUAGAAAAUAAAAUAGUUUCUGGAAAUCUGAGAAUUUUGGAUCAUUAA